AUUUAUAUUUCGUUCUACUGAAUAUUUGAAAAAAUUUCUUAAAAAUUGUCAAAAGUCAAGUUAAAAUUGAGAAAUAUAAGAAGUAAUUAAAACAAAUAAAUUGUUAAGACGUAAAAAAUCAAAUAUAAUAUCUUGAUAUAAAGCGAUAUUGCUUUUUUCAUUUUAGUGAAAUAAGAUAAUAUUUUUUUUUAAAUAUUUAUGUUUUGCAAGCAUAAAAUAUCAACAUAGAAUUAGAAAGGGAUCGUGAUAAAGAGAGGUUUCCAUUUAAUUUAGUUAAUUUUCACGAAAGGAUUGGCAAAUAUACAUGAUAAUGGACACUGUUGAGGAAAAUGGUUCCAAUGCGUCCGAACAAACUUCAGUCUCAUCAGCAGGUACAAUCGUCCAUUUAAUUUCACCUCAAACAAACCCAUCAGUGCACCAAGGCCAUGUCCAGUCGUCAGUAAUCCAACCAAAUCAACAAUCAGUAAUUCAAACAGCUACGGGAAUACAGCCAGUGAAAAGCGUCUUACUAGUAAAUAGUAAACCAAAUUCAGUCAUACAUACAACUCACCAAGCUAUUCAAUCAAUGUCAUAUUCGCAGAUUAAACCUGAACCAAAUAUUGGCCAUACGAUUGGAAGUGACGAUUCAGACUUUACAGACGACGAUUCUCCUAAGAAACGACGAGAUUUAUUAACCCGACGUCCUUCAUAUCGAAAAAUUUUAAAUGAUCUUGGAGGUGGCGAAAUUGGUGGGUCUUUUUUAACACCUUCAGGAAAUCCCAAUGACCAUGCUUCAUUACAAUCUGGAGGUACGAUAGUACAAUACAGUAAUCAGGAUGGAAAUUUGGUGUCUUAUGUUCCCGUUAAUUUGGUUGGAAAUAAUGUGAUAGCCGAAGAUCAGUCAAGAAAACGUGAGAUGAGGUUACUUAAAAACAGAGAAGCAGCCCGCGAAUGUCGUCGAAAAAAGAAAGAAUAUAUAAAGUGCCUGGAAAAUAGAGUAGCUGUUCUUGAAAAUCAAAAUAAGGCAUUAAUCGAGGAAUUAAAGAGUUUAAAAGAAUUAUAUUGUCAACAGAAGAAUGACUGAAUUGUGAGGCACAUAGGCCAAUUGAUUCAGAAAGCUUGUAAGAAAUUAUUUUUCUAUGUGGUUAUUGAUGAAAAAAAAGAAAAAAAAUAUUUAAAAAAUAUCAGAACUUGCCCCAUUCAAACUAAAUGUGCAAGCAUCUUGUACCUAACUUUGUGUAAUUUCUACUUAUGUAUAAAAAAAAUCUAUUGUUUAAUAAAAUGUAACCAUUAUCUAUAACAUGUC